AUGCGCCGACUGGGUCUGCUGUACGAUGGCUGGCUGCGUCGCGCGCCCGUGCUGACCAAGAGCGUCACGUCGGCCGCGCUCUUCGGCCUGGGCGACCGCAUAGCGCAGCGGGUGGAGAAGUCUCGAGAGCCGAAGGACCGGACACCCCACCCAGAGGAGGCCGAGGACGAUGCAGCGCUCGUGAGCGCCAGCACGGCCCGCACCAUGCGCAUGAUGAUCUGGGGGAGCGUUCUGUUCGCGCCGAUCGUGCACACGUGGGUGAACUUCGUCGAGCGAACGGUCGGUAGCCACGGCAAGGUGGUGGUGUUCAAGAAGAUGCUGCUGGACAUGUUCGUGCUCGCGCCAGGCAUCAACACGCUCUUCUUCACGACGAAGCAGCUGAUGGAGGGCAAGACGUUCCGCGAUGGACUGGACUUCGCCGCGGACCGCCUGCCGCAGACGCUCAAGGCCAACUACACCAUUUGGCCCAUCGCCAACAUCGUCAACUACGGCUACGUGCCGCUGCAGUACCGCAUUCUCUUCAUCAACUGCGUCAACCUCGUGUGGACGACGGUGCUCUCGACCGUUUCAAGUCGGCCAGCGCUGAAAGGGGCGGAGGAGGGGGAGACGAAGGACGUCGUGCCGGCAAGCGAAGCAGAAGUUAUGUGA